AUGGCUGGUCAUGGCAAGGAGCGGACGGACGGGAGCGUGAGCUCCGCAGUCUCCAGAGAGCGGUCCUCCCGCGACAGUUGUCGCACGUCUUAUACCGUGCGGACAGCCAGGGUCGUGCACACCCCGAGCAGAGCACACGCUCACCGCCCGGAAGGGAAGAAGCCAUCUGCAGAAAGACAGGAGACGGGCGCCGAGAGUGUAUAA